AUGGGCGACACGGCUCCCCCCCAGGCCGCGGGGCUGGGGGCCGGGCUGCUGGGGGGGGGCCCGGCGGCGCCCCGGGUGCACAGCGCCAUCGUGGAGCGGCUGCGGGCCCGCAUCGCCGUCUGCCGCCAGCACCACCUCAGCUGCGAGGGGCGCUACGAGCGGGGCCGCGCCGAGAGCUCCGACCGCGAGCGGGAGAGCACCUUGCAGCUCCUCCACCUCGUGCAGCAGGGGCAGGGCGCCCGCAAGGCCGGCAAGCACCCCAAGGCGGCCGCCGCCCCCGCCGCCGCCGCUGCCGCCGGCGCGGCGCCCCCGGACUACCACCAGCACCUCCUCGGCAACGGCGGCAUCAACGGGGAGCAGCCGGCGGGGGAGCAGCGCGCCUCGGCGCUCCUGGCGCUCCAAGGCUCCUUGAAGAGAAAGUUGGUGGUAAAUCUGUCGCCUGUCAACAAGAGGCCCAAUGGUGUUUCAGAGAGCUCUUUCCUUGACAUGAAGAGGGUAAGAGUGGGUAACAAUAUCUCAGUGGGACAAGGUGGACAACUUGUUAACAAUUGUCAAAGCCAGUCAAUGUCAGGAACUAUGGCUGUGGGGCAAGGAUCACAAAGAAAGGCCAGCAAUCUAUCAAACAAUACCCAUGCUAGUGGGAAUGACAUGUUUAAUAUGACUUUGAAAGAGGUAAAGAAGGAACCGGGAGAAACGAUGUCCUGCAGCAAACACUUAGACGGCCAGACAUCCCAUGAGAACAUGUUCCCUAACAGAUAUGGGGAAGAGUCAUGGGACCAAAUGGAUCUUGAACUUCAGGAACUGUUUAAUGAACUGACUAACAUAUCAGUGCCACCCAUGAGUGAUGUUGAGCUAGAGAAUAUGAUAAACGCCACGAUAAAACAAGAUGAGCCAUUCAACAUUGACCUUGGGCAGCAGAGCCAGAGGGGCCCUGUGAGAUCUCUGCAGAUGGAUAAGAUGGUGAUAAAAAGUGAGUAUGCAGCAGGCAUGAAUCAGGCUCCUGUGGGCUCCCCACAGAUGAGGCCUUCUUCUACAGGUCCAGCCUUCACUAUGGCUACCACUGCCAUGUCUGCCUCUUCACCCAUCCCCUCGGUGCCUCAAACACAGGUGUCACAGGUUUCUUCUGCGUCCAGUCGGCCAUUGCCUAACUGGCAGGAGGUGUCUCAUGCACAGCAGCUCAAACAGAUCGCAGCCAAUCGGCAGCAGCAUGCUUUGAUUCAGCAGCAGCAGAACCAGACAGCCAGCUGGUCCACUCUGUCUCCAUCAGGACCUUCCCCUGGACCCUUUGUGCAAGAGAAAAUCCCCAGUCCCUCUUUCCGCCAGCAGCAGUUCAGCCCACAAAGCUCAGCAAUGCUUGGGGUGCCAGUGAAUGGAAACCAGACAAAAGGGAUGAACAACUAUGUUUAUAAACCUACCACUCCCCAGAGCAAUCCCAUGGACAUAAUCAUGCAGCAGAAGCCUCAGGACCUCAACAGAAACUUUAUCAACAGUGCUCAGCCACCUCUAGAGCAGCAUCAUGGCAACACAAAGCCUUUGUUUCACUUUAACUCAGAGCAAACAAACCAGCAGAUGCCUUCAGUUUUGGGUUCCCAAAACAAGCCUGCCCUUCUGCACUACACCCAGCAGGCACAGGGUUCAGCUCCCGUGCAGCAGCCACAGCAACAGCAGCAACAACAGCCGCAGCCGCAAACUGCUCAGCCUCUCCCAAACCAGUCUCUCCAGAGGCCACCUAAUGUAACCCUAGCAAUGCAGCAAAAAAUGAUGCUUCAGAAAAUGCAGCAAAGCCAGCAAAUCUCAGGUUUGCAGUAUCCAGUCUCUCAGCAGCACAGACAGGAGCAACACUCUGUGGUAGGCCAGGGAGCUGGCCCCACUCCAAGCUCCAGUUCUUGCUCAAAUCCAAACACUGGAAGUGGUUACAUGAACUCAUCCCAGCAAUCAUUGUUGAAUCAGCAGCUGAUGGAAAAGAAACAGGCUCUGCAACGGCAAAUGAUGGAGCAAAAACAACUCCUUCUGCAGCAGCAGAUGUUGGCAGAAGCUGAGAAAAUAACUCCACAAGACCAGCUGAACAGACACUUGACAAGACCACCACCAGAUUAUAAAGACCAAAGAAGGAAUGUGGUCAACAUGCAACAAUCAAACCAAUAUCCUGGUGGUUCACCAGCUGUGAGCAUGAGCUCCAACAACAUGUCCUUAUCCAACCCAAUUUCAACUCACAGCAUCAUGCCCCAGAGCUCCAGCCUCAUGUCCACCCCUGCUGGAACCCGAAUGCCUUCUGUUCCUGCUGCUCGGAGCAUGGGCUGCUAUGGGAACCUUCCUUGCAACCAACCAAGCACAUACAAUGUGACUUCAGGAAUGAACCAAAUGCAGCCACACAGAAACCAAAAUCAAGUUCUGCCCAGUCAGAAUAACCCCAUGGUGUCCCGACAGCAAACCAUGACACAGGGGAACAACGGGGCAGCUUUUGGGACGGGGACAGUGGUCAACUCUCAGCAAAUAAGGCCAAGCUUGACCCAUGGAGCGACAGGUAUCCCUGCUCAACGGCCGGCCAAUGUGAUGAUCACAGCUACUGCCAGUGCCCAGAACUGGGCCCCACAAGAGGCUACAGUGAAGCAGCAGGAUGCACUGAAACCUGCAGGGGUCCGUUUCCCCACCGGCACUCCAUAUCCUAACCAGUCUUUGCAGCGCAACAUAGGCAACCAGCAUUUUCCUCAGCGUGCACUGGCACCUCCUAACCCGUUAGCGGCGGGAGUCCAGAUGAAGCCCCCUCUAAACCAAAUGCACCAGACUCUAAAUGGACAAUCUGCUGGCUCACUACGAGGGCUCAGCAUAAGACCCAGUCAGCUGAGAGGACAGACUGUGCCUACCUUGAAUCAGCCAGGAACAAGUAUGACACCGCCGUCAUCUCUGCCAUCAACAGGUUUCACAACUACCAACCAAACCUCCCGGGCUUACCAAGGAAGUGACCAUGGUAAUGACCUAGCGUUUGACUUUCUGAACCAGCAAGGUGACAGUAUAGGACCUGCGCUCAACAGUGACUCGGAUUUUAUAGAUUCUUUACUGAAAACAGAGCCUGGUAAUGAUGACUGGAUGAAAGACAUCAACCUCGACGAAAUUUUAGGGAACCACUCGUAA